AUGACUAGCAACAAUGAUCCUCAUGACCAUGAUUUUUGCCUCCCAUCUUCUUCCACAAUCCCUAACACAAACCACCACCAGAAGCCACGUAAAAAACGAACCAAAAAAUUGGUCGAGAUCGAAAGCUAUUUGGUUCCUUCUACGGCUACGACAUUAACAGCAGCAAAAAAACCAAAAUAUGGUGGGAAAAAACCUGACCCUUCAGCACCGAAGAUCACAAGACCUUGUAGCGAGUGUGGCAAGAAGUUUUGGUCAUGGAAAGCACUCUUUGGUCACAUGAGAUGCCACCCUCAAAGACAAUGGCGUGGCAUUAAUCCACCACCUAAUUAUCGUAGGUCCGUUUCGCCAAUCCAACAGUCUACUACUUCUAAUGUGGAAACCCUAAUGACUGAAAUGGAUCAUGAGGUGGCUUCAUGUUUGCUGAUGUUGGCUAAGAGUGACAGUGCAACCUUACUGACGUUGGAGACUGCUGAGUUUGGUGAUGUUGGUGGGGUUGGUAACAAUAACAGUAUUUAUCAAGUUCAAGAUGAAGCGAAUCGCCGUUUUGAGUGUUCGAGUUGCAAGAAGGUUUUUGGGUCACACCAGGCACUAGGGGGUCACAGGGCCAGCCACAAGAAUGUGAAGGGUUGUUUUGCAAUAACUAAGAUUGAUGAUUGUGAGGUAAUUGAGGAUCAUGGAGGAAGUGGUGGUGUGAAGGAGAAUUUGGAGGACAAUGUCAGUGAAAGCAAGCUGGUGAUGGAAUUAGGAGGGCGUAAGAGGUGCCAUUGUGAGAAAGAGGAGGAGGCCUCAAUCUCAUCAUCCAUGAAUCAGGGACUUGAUUUUCUUGCAGCAGAGGAAGAUCGAGGAUUAGACCUCAAUUUGCCUGCCCCAGUCGAAGCUAAAUCAUCCUCUUCUUAUUCAUCAAGGCUCCCUUUAGAUCUGAGUUUGGGCCUUCGAAAGGAGACUAGACUUUCCGAAUAA